AUGUAUACCAUGCAGCCUAUAAUCCUUUGUAUUCUAUUCGCAUCUGCUUAUUGCAUUGCAACCCAAGCAGAGCAAAACACAAUGACUCCCUUAUCAGAUGAUGAAGGAAUUAAUUUCCUAGAAAAAGGAAGUGGGGGCGGCAAAAAAUGGUCAUUCUUACAAAUAGAAGACGCCGAUGGGAAAUCUGGAACAUGGAGUUCAGGAGGAUCACAAUCUACAAGCACAGGCUCAACAGUUCCAGCGAGUUCUGGUUCAGGAUCUGGAAACGCUUCAGGCCAGCAAGGGAAAACUGACUCGCAAUCUUCUGGUCAAAACAAUCAAAAACAGUCAACGGCUACUGGGCAGCAAAGUGGAGGGCAAAGCUAUGGAGGAAGCCAACAAACCGGACAACAGGAGGGAAACGAUUAUCAAUACUCUUAUGGAGGAAGUCAACAAACUGGGUCAAGUGGAGCAUCUGGCCAGCAAAAUUAUGGAAAUCAGCAAUCAACUCAAGGCGGAUCAUCUGGCCAGCAAAAUUAUGGAAAUCAGCAACCGACUCAAGGCGGAUCAUCUGGCCAGCAAAAUUAUGGAAAUCAGCAACCAACUCAAGGAGGAUCAUCAGGACAAAGUAACACUGGCAAUCAACAACCAACUCAAGGCUACUCUUCAGGCCAAACCAAUACUGGAAAUCAACAGCCAAGUCAAGGCCAAAAUAAUAAUGGCAGCCAACAACCAACUCAAAAUGGAUCAUCAGGACAAAGUAAUACUGGCAGUCAGCAGCCAACUCAAGGUGGAUCAUCAGGCCAAAGUACCGGCAAUCAGCAAUGAACUCAAGGCGGAUCAUCAGGACAAAGUAAUACUGGCAAUCAACAGCCAACUCAAGGCGGAUCAUCAGGACAAAAUUCCAGCGGGAACAGUCAGUCAACUCAAGGGGGGUCAUCAGGAAAUCAGCAACCAUCUCAAGGAGAAUCAUCCGGGCAAUAUAACUCUCAAUCCACAUCAACUCAAGGCCAGCCAUCUUCUGGUGAAAGCUCUUCUCAAGGAUCAACAUCUGGACAAACUUCAUCCACUUCUAGCACUUCCUUCUUAGAAACAGAGCAUUAACAUUAGCAUUGCUUAGAGGUUUUAACGUGCUUCUCUGACUCCGCAUGGUGGUUUUAACAAAGCCACAAGGGCUCAAUCCAGUAGACACCAACUAGUGACGUCACCGGCAUUUCCGAUGUCGCCCUUUGUAUUGGACCGAUGGACCAUCCUAAGCAAGUGACGGUCAACUGGCUGCCAGAUCUCACAGGCUGCGUUACCUUGCUGCCUUGCUCGAAACUUUAAUCCUGCGCGUUGCGCCGCCUAUGGGUCUCCCUCCUGGGAGUGUCAAGCAGCAAAACCCUAUGUCCACCAAACAUCCAAGGAUUAGGUCAGGAGGCUGUGAACCCCUCCCCGCUGCUUACCUGAUAUAGCUGGAUAAGGUGCUCCAUGAAAACUGAACCCUAUAAUAAUAAAUUGGUCAAAGGAGUGAAAUUCUUCAGAGAAGAAUUUUCUCGACGACAUCAUUUUAUUAUUAUUAUUACUCCCCCUCCGUGAGUGAGCAAAACCAUUAGAAAAAUCGCUAUUUUUUGCCCAAAAGCCCACCAUUUGUGAGUGAACAAAAAUUUUUUUAAUAGAAAAACUUUUUAUCGAAAAAAUUUUUGAUAUAUAAGUGAUAAUUAGUAUAAUGAAAUCUAGAGCUAAUUCUGUUUAAUUUUAAACAAGUUGCUUUUUAAAAUAUAAAUUUUAUAAAUUAAAUUAAUAUUUGCUUUCCAAUUUUGCGAAUUAGGAUUUUUUUAAAUUUCGAAAAAAAUAUUUUCUAUAAAAUUUAUAUAUAAAUUUUUUUUAAAAAAAAAAUUAACCACCCCUGCGAGUUAACAAAAUGUUUUUGUUCACUCACGGAAGGGGGGGGAGUUAGAAACAGAGCACAAUCAAUCAGGAUAUAUAACAUCUGGAGAACAGGGAUACUCUACAACAAAUGGGAAUAAUGCCAAUUAUGGAGCCACUAAUGGUGGAGAAAAUUCUAAUUAUAGCGGCUCAGGAUCUGGGAACACUGGAGGAGGAAAUAGCCAGCAAGCAGGAAGUUCUUGUGCUGGAGGAUGCUGUCAAGGAGGAAACUGCGGUUCAGCUGGGAGCGGUGGAGGAAGUCAGCAGGGAUCUAAUGGUAACUCUCAGCAAGGUGGAAACUACGGUUCAACUGGAAAUACCGUAGGGGGUCAGUCUGGAAAUGAUAAAUCUCAAGGGGAAAGCUGUGACUCUAAGCAAUGUAGUAGUAGUUCAACUGGAGGAAAUCAAUCAGGGUGUGAAGGUAAAAAUUGCCAAGGAGGAAAGGGAGUUUGGUUUUUGCAAAAUCUCAGAGGCUCAGGAAGCUCAGAUCAAGGAAUAAAUGGGUCAAAUAAUGGAAGUGGGCAACAAGGAAGUUCCGGAUCUAUAGGUGGACAGCAGGGUUCAAGUAGUCAAAACAGCGGAAAUUAUGGAACGGAAACGAAUACAAUGGGCGGUCAACAAGGGAAUUACGGAUCUGGCACAAUGAGUGGACAACAGGGAAAUUAUGGAACGAGCAGUCAGGGCCAAGAAAAUUAUGGAACAGGAAUGGAUACUAAUAGCGGUCAAAUGAAUGGUCAGCAAGGCAGUUCUGGAUCAAGUGGCCAAAAUUAUGGAUCAGGAAUGAAUUCCAUGGGUGGUAGUCAAGGGCAGAUGGGAAGCUCCGGAUCAAGUGGCCAAAAUUAUGGAUCAGGAAUGAAUUCUAUGGGUGGCAGUCAAGGACAGAUGGGAAGCUCCGGAUCAAGUGGCCAAGGAACUUAUGGAACAGGAAUGAAUACUAUGGGUGGUAGUCAAGGACAGAUGGGAAGCUCCGGAUCAAGUAACCAAGGAACAGGAAUGAGUAAUAUGGGCAAUAGCCAAGGACAGCAAAGUGGAACCAUUUUUAUUGAAGAUUAUCAAGGCUCCUCAGGAAAUGUAGGCCUUAGUUCAAAUACUGGAACAACGGGCAACACUAGUGGCAACGGAAGCCAAUCAUGUACUGGCUGCAAUAAUGGUAGCUCUUGUGGCAAUUCAAAUUGUCCUAGCGGAAACAGUGGCUCAACGAAUAACUCUGGAGUCAACAAUUCAGGAGCACAAGGAUGUGGCUGUUCAAAUGUUGGAUGCGAUGGGAAAUGCAACAAUUCAGAAGUGCAAGGAUGCGAUGGCUCAAAUUGUGGAAGCAGUGGAUCUACAAAUGCAGGAGGAUCAAAUACUGGGACUCAAGGAGGUUGCUCAAAUCCUGGAUGCGGAAGUGGGUCAAGCACUCAAGGAUGCUGCACAAACCAAGGACAAGGUACAUCUUCAACUGGCAGCUCUCAAGGGGGGAUGGGCAAUAAUCAAGGAUAUUCUCAAGGCUCCGGCUCAGAUACAACCUCUUCAGGAAUGUAUGGUAAUCAAGGUUCGACUUCAGGAGGAAUGUGGAGUAAUAACGACCCCACCAUGGAUUGGCCUGGCUCAGGCAUUUCAUUCUUAGAAAGCGAUAAUGACUUAUCUGCUGAAUUUAAUGAACUUGAUUUCAUGGAAGUGGAUAACGAUGUCUUUGUUGAAAUUUCUUCCGAACUGGAUUGGGAUGAUUAUGACAUGGAUGACUUUGACGAAUGGAGGGCAAACAGAACUUCGCGUCGAAAUGAAACUUCAUCAUCAUCUGAUUCAUCAGAGCCAACUAAUACAACAGAUACAAUUGGUGCAACUGGUACAACUAGCACGACUAGUGGUUUCUUCUUCUUUUAA